AUGUCUCCUACUGCCCUUAGAAACGUUGAAAAGGUUGAAAUUGUGGAUAUUCAUCAGAAUGACAUGGAAUUCUCCCUGGUGGACGAUAUCUACAAGAAUCUGGACCCGCCAACAGGCACACAGCGGACAUUCCCUACCCUCCUACUCUACGACGCCAAAGGAUUGAAGCUCUUCGAGGAGAUCACUUACUUGGAUGAAUACUAUCUUACCAACACGGAGAUCGGGAUUUUGACAAAACAUGCAAAGAGGAUAGUCGCACGCAUUCCGGAAAAUGCACAGUUGGUGGAGCUCGGCAGUGGAAACCUGCGUAAGAUCGAGAUUCUACUUCGAGAGUGUGAACGGACCGAAAAGAAAGUAGAUUAUUAUGCUUUGGAUCUUUCAUUGGUGGAAUUACAGCGAACGUUCUCUGAAAUAUCACCUGAGAGCUUCAUCCAUGUAGGAUUCCAUGGUCUCCAUGGAACGUACGAUGAUGCUGUCGGCUGGUUGAAAAGCCCAGAAAAUCGGAAGCGACCGACAGUGGUCUUGUCGAUGGGAUCAUCCAUGGGCAACUUUAGUCCAACGGGUGCUGCAGAGUUUCUUGGUGGCUUUUCCAAGCUAUUGAACCCAUCCGAUUUCAUGCUUAUCGGAUUAGAUGCAUGCAAGAACUCGGAGAAGGUUUUUAGGGCCUAUAAUGAUUCGAAAGGUAUUACUCGCCAAUUCUAUGAGAAUGGCCUUCUGCAUGCCAAUACAGUUCUUGGCUUUGAGGCUUUCAAGCCUGACGAAUGGGAGAUAUUGACUGAGUAUGAUACUCGCGAGGGACGGCACCAAGCCUUCUAUGCCCCGAGGGUUGACGUGGUCAUCAAUGGGAUCAAUAUCCCAAAAGGAGAGAAGCUCAUCUUUGAAGAGGCAUGGAAGUACGGUCGCAACGAACGGAAUAAGCUGUGGCGCAAUGCAAGCCUGAUUUCUCAGGUCGAAUUUGGAAAUUCGACAGACGAUUAUCAUCUUCACCUGCUAUCACCCGCUGCGCUUGAUGUGUCUAUGAAUCCUUCGAAGUAUGCAGCCCAACCGAUCCCGAAUAUCGAGAACUUCCAGUCUCUCUGGACUGCAUGGGACCUCGCGACUAAAACCAUGAUCCCUCACGAAGAGCUUUUGUCCAAACCAAUCAAACUCCGAAAUGCGCUGGUAUUUUAUUUUGGCCACAUUCCGACAUUCUUUGAUAUUCAUCUCACUCGGGCUUUGCAGGAGGAGCCUACUGAGCCUAGUUAUUAUAAACUAAUUUUUGAGCGUGGUAUUGAUCCGGACGUCGAAGAUCCACAGAAAUGCCACACUCACAGCAAAAUACCUGAUGAGUGGCCGCCAUUGGACGAAAUUCUGGACUACCAAGAUAGAGUGCGGAAUCGUGCGCGUUCAAUCCUACAGGAGGGAUAUGCGUUGCAAGACCGUGCUCUUGGAGAGGCUCUUUGGAUUGGCUAUGAGCACGAAGCAAUGCAUCUUGAGACUUUCCUCUACAUGCUACUCCAGAGUGAUAAAUCUCUUCCUCCCACAGGAGUUGAUCGCCCCAAUUUUGAGCAAAUAAGUCGCCAGGCGAAGAGAGAUGAAAAGCCAAACAAGUGGUUCCGCAUUCCACAGCAAACCAUCAAAAUUGGAUUGGAUGACUCCAACGAAGAAGUUAUGCCAAAUAAAUCUUUUGGAUGGGACAACGAAAAGCCCCAAAGAGAGGUCACUGUGCAUGCCUUCGAAGCCCAAGCGAGACCCAUCACCAAUGGUGAAUAUGCCAAGUACCUACAGACGAAGGGCAUUCAAACAUAUCCCGAGUCUUGGGUGUUUAACCCUGGCCAAGACAGUCCCGUUUCCAAGGGCACCAGUUCCUCAGGCACCCGUGCCAAUUCGAGCUCCAGUUCUGCAGGAUUUUCUCUUGAGGAUUUCACAAUUCGAACUAUAUUUGGACCUGUGGCUUUUAAAUUCGCCCAAGACUGGCCAUUGAUUGCUUCCUACGAUGAAGUGGCCAGCUAUGCAAAAAGCAUGCAAUGCAGGAUCCCCACGUUUGAAGAGGCUAGGAGCAUAUAUCACUACUCGGACCAACUCAAAAGUCAUCAAGCCAUGAAUGGCCACAGAAAUGGUGUCAAUGGGUUUGCUAAUGGUAGCAAGUCCCACCCUACCGAUCAAACGGUUUUCCGUGAUCUCACUGGUUGCAACGUUGGCUUCAAUAACUGGCACCCUAUUCCUGUCACACCAAACGGAGAUCGGUUAGCUGGUCAAAGUGAAAUGGGAGGUGUUUGGGAAUGGACUAGCACAAAAUUGAUGCCGCACGACGGCUUCAAACCCAUGAACAUCUACCCUGGAUACACUUCGGACUUCUUUGAUGGAAAACACAAUGUCGUUCUCGGGGGCUCCUGGGCUACUCUGCCUCGCAUUGCUGGCCGGACUACUUUUGUCAAUUGGUACCAGCAUAACUACCGCUAUACAUGGGCGGAAACCAUUAGGACUAUCUCCCCCGCUACCAAUGAGCCUGUUGUCACCCGCACUGGCGUCUCAUCGGAGGAGUUGAAGCAGAUCCCCGUGAACGCUCAAGCAGCUUUCCGGUCAUUCUCACAGUCCACAACUUUGGAGCAAAGGCAGAAAAUUGUGGAACGUGCUCUUGAUAUCUUGGAGAAAAAACAGGAUGAAUUGGCACGUGAGAUUACCAAACAGAUGGGCCGGCCCAUCGCCUAUGCCGGUGUUGAAGUUGCGACCGCCAUCAAGCGUAGUCGUUACUUGACCCGCAUUAGCACCUCAGUGCUAGGUGAGCAAGGAAUUGUGCCCGGAGAAGAGGAGAAGGGAUUUAGACGGUAUAUCAAGCGUUCGCCUGUCGGCGUUGCGCUGAUUAUCUUCCCAUGGAACUACCCCUACCUCACCCUUGUCAAUAGCUUGAUUCCCGCCAUUCUCGCUGGCAACGCUGUUAUCCUCAAGCCCUCUCCUCAGACUCCAACAAUCGUCGAGCAGUUUGCCUCCGCUUUUGCCGCCGCUGGUCUUCCCGAAAAUGUGCUCCAAUACUUCCACUGCGGAUCUUUCACAUUUAUUGAGACCUUGGUGCGAUCCCCACUGGUGAACCAUAUCUGUUUCACAGGUUCCGAAGCUGGUGGCCUAGCAGUGCAAAAGGCAGCCUCCGAUCGGAUUGUGAAUGUUGGUCUGGAACUUGGCGGUAAGGACCCAGCCUACGUGCGAGAUGAUGUAGAUCUCGCCUGGGCCGCCGAGGAAGUUGUGGAUGGCGCUAUCUUUAACAGUGGACAGAGCUGCUGCGCGAUCGAGCGUGUCUAUGUCCACGAGAAGGUUUACGAUGCCUUCAUUACUGAGGUGAGGAAGGUUCUGAGCAACUACCGUGUUGGCGAACCUUCCGAUCCCCAAACCCAAAUUGGACCUGUUGUCUCUACGCGCGCCAAGGAGGCUAUUCUCGCGCACAUCGAGGAUGCCGUGCAGAAGGGUGCGAAGAACGAGACUCCUGCCAACGAGACCUUUGAAAAUCUCCCUCCGAAUGGAAACUAUGUCAAGCCUACACUACUGACCGGCGUUAAUCAUGAUAUGGCCGUGAUGAAGGAUGAAACAUUUGGGCCUGUGAUUCCUGUAAUGAAGGUCUCGGGCGAUGACGAGGCCGUGCGUCUGAUGAACGAUAGCAAGUUUGGCCUUACCGCUAGUGUUUGGAGCAAGGACGUUGCAGCGGCUGAGAAGCUGGUUGAGCGUGUCGAAGCUGGCACUGUCUUUGUCAACCGAUCUGAUUACCCUAGUCCCGACCUCGCCUGGACAGGCUGGAAGAACUCUGGCCGUGGUGUUACCCUAAGUCGAUUUGGGUUUGAGCAGUUUGUCAAACUGAAGAGCCACCACAUCAAGGAUUACCCUAAAUAA